UUACCUCUCAGCCUCCCCUUUCUCCUCCUCUCACCUCUCCCACACACUCUUCCUGGACUGUCUAUGGAUGGACAGGAGUUUGAUCAGCAAUAUCCACCAGGAAGGCACAAGAGACAGCGUAUACCUUACUGUUCAGAAGUGACCCUCUCCUGAGAGCUCCUACCUGCACUGAUCCUGUAAGAGACCCCCCUUCUUGCACUGAGACCUUUAAUGAAGGAGACACCCAUCUUGCACUGGGAAGAUUUCAUGAAGGAGACAUUCCAUCUGUACUACUCGAAAACUUCCAUCCUCCAGAAAUUCCAGAGAGUCUUUUUUUUUGUAUACUAGAAGACGUUUCGUAAGUCUUCCAAGAAGUGUUUUUAAUUCUCUGGAAAGAGACCUCACCUGCUAAGAGACUGCAUCCCAGCGGCAUUGUGCACUUGUAGAUCAUACACCUGGGAUGACCAAGAAUCUCAUACUGGCUGGGUGUGACAGAGACUGUCAGUACUCCUGCAGGCAGGGUGCAACAGUGUCCUAUAUUGUGUCAUCAUUACCUAUUUGUGUUGCAUUUGUGUAGUUGUGCACUGAUUGCCUGGUUGGUGGAAACAGUUUUACAUCCAGCGAUUGUGCAAACCGGAAUCGAUUGUGGUGUCCCACCAUGGCGUUACAAGAAGGCUUACAGUAUGGCAAAGCAGACUUUGUCCUUAUGGACUCUGUCACAUUACCAGAAUUUAUGGAUAAUCUGAAACUCAGGUUUGAGAAAGGACGUAUCUAUACAUUCAUCGGGGAAGUAGUGGUCUCUGUGAACCCCUACAAGAAUCUUCCAAUCUACGGGAAGGAUACAAUAGAGCAGUAUAAGGGAAGAGAGCUGUAUGAAAGACCUCCGCAUCUCUUCUCCAUCGCAGACGCAGCCUACAAGGCGAUGAAGAGACGAUGCAAAGACACAUGCAUAGUAAUAUCAGGAGAAAGUGGCGCUGGUAAGACUGAAGCCAGUAAAUAUAUAAUGCAGUACAUUGCCGCCAUUACUAAUCCCAGUCAGCGAGCGGAGGUGGAGAGGGUAAAAAAUAUGCUGCUCAAGUCUAACUGUGUCCUGGAGGCAUUUGGGAAUGCUAAAACUAACCGCAAUGACAACUCCAGUCGGUUUGGAAAAUACAUGGACAUUAACUUUGACUUCAAAGGGGAUCCUAUCGGAGGGCACAUCAGUAACUACUUACUGGAGAAAUCUCGGGUGAUUCUUCAGCAGCUCGGAGAAAGGAAUUUUCACUCUUUUUAUCAGUUGAUCCUGGGAGCACCAGAGCAGACCCUGCGUCCCCUUCAUCUCCAGAAGGAUAUCUCCUCUUACACAUACACCCGAUCCAUGGUUCAGAUGAAGUCUUCAAUAAAUGAUGCUGGAGAUUUCAAGGAAGUAUCAGAAGCCAUGAAAGUGAUUGGGUUUAAACCAGAAGAGAUCCAGACUGUCUACAAAGUCUUGGCCGCUAUUCUACAUCUGGGGAACCUCAAGUUUACUUUGGAUGGCGAUACCCCCCUGAUUGAAAAUAGUAAAGUUGUGUCUGUAGUUGCUGACUUGCUUGGCUCAAAAUUUGAACUUCUGGAGAAGGCGCUACUGUACAGGACGGUGGCUACUGGCAGAGACGUCAUCGACAAACAGCACACAGAGCAAGAAGCCAGUUUUGGCAGAGAUGCCUUUGCCAAGGCUAUCUAUGAACGCCUUUUCUGUUGGAUUGUAAGCCGUAUUAAUGAUGUCAUCGAUGUUAGAAAACAAGAUGCCGCUCUACACGGCAAAAACACGGUUAUUGGUGUGCUGGAUAUCUACGGAUUUGAGAUUUUUGACAAUAACAGCUUUGAACAAUUCUGUAUUAACUAUUGUAAUGAGAAACUACAGCAGCUGUUUAUUCAGCUAGUCCUGACCCAAGAGCAAGAGGAAUAUCAGAGAGAAGGGAUUCCCUGGAAGCAUAUAGAUUAUUUUAACAACCAGAUCAUUGUGGAUUUGGUUGAGCAGCAACAUCGUGGAAUCAUAUCUCUUUUGGACGACGCCUGUAUGAAUGUUGGGAAAGUGACAGACCCCAUGUUCCUGGAUGCACUAAACAAGCAGCUGGGAAAACAUGCCCACUACUCCAGCAGGAAGGUAUGUCAAACAGAUAAAGCUUUGGAAUACGACCGAGAUUUCCGGAUUCGCCACUAUGCAGGAGAUGUUGUUUACUCGGUGGUAGGAUUUAUUGAUAAGAACAAAGACCCGUUGUUUCAGGAUUUUAAGAGACUCAUGUACAACAGUACUAAUCCUGUGCUGAAGACUAUGUGGCCAGAAGGGAAGCUGAGCAUCACAGAGGUCACCAAACGUCCAUUGACCGCAGCUACAUUGUUCAAAAACUCCAUGAUCGCCCUUGUGGAUAAUCUGGCAUCCAAGGAACCUUAUUACGUCCGGUGCAUCAAACCAAAUGACAAAAAGUCCCCAUCUCUGUUUGAUGAUGUACGCUGCAAGCACCAAGUGGAGUAUUUAGGCUUACUGGAGAAUGUCCGUGUCCGACGAGCUGGUUUCGCAUAUCGCCAAGUAUAUGAGAAGUUUCUGCACAGGUACAAGAUGAUCUCCCAGUCGACCUGGCCAAACCAUGACUUGGCUUCAGACCAAAUCGCUGUAAAGAAACUCCUGACUGAGUGUGGUUUCCACCAAGAUGCUGCCUAUGGAAAAACCAAGGUGUUUAUUCGCACCCCACGCACCUUGUUCUCACUGGAGGAAAAAAGGAGUGAGAUGUUGAUAAGAAUCAUCCUCUUCCUGCAAAAGAUGUGGAGAGGAACCCUGGCCCGCUGGAAAUACAAGAGGACAAAGGCAGCCCUCACAAUACUUGGCUACUACAGGCGCUACAAAGUGAAGUCCUACAUCCAUGAGGUGGUCCGAAGGUUUAACGGAGUCCGGAACAGCAGAGAUUACGGGAAGAAUGUAAAAUGGCCAACACCACCCAAGGUUCUUCGGAGAUUCCAGGGAUAUAUGCAGAGUAUCUUCAACAGAUGGAGAGCAUUCCAGCUAAUAAAGAGCAUACCUCCUGCCGACAUACCAAAAAUCAAGGCUAAAGUUGCUGCUUUUGAAAACCUCAAAGGGCACAGAGCAGAUAUGGGCCUCCAGAGGAGCUGGGAGGGGAACUACUUGGCAUCUAAACAAGAAAACAGUCAAGAUUCUGGAUUCUUUGUAUCUCGGGCAAGCGAAUUACAGCGAAAAGACAAGUUCAUGCAGCCGCUCUUCUCCUGUAACGUGCGCAAGGUCAACAGAUUUAAUAAAGUAGAAGACCGCGCCGUCUUUAUAACCGAUAGACACCUGUAUAAAAUGGAUCCCAGCAAGCAGUACAAAGUCAUGAGCAGCACACCUCUAUAUAAUGUAUCUGGUAUCAGCGUGACCGAUGGGAAGGACCAGCUGGUGGUUUUUCACACAAAAGACCGCAAAGACCUUAUUGUAUGUCUAUCUUUUCCUGGACAAUCCCCUCAAGACAGCCGUGUGGGAGAAGUUGUCGGAGUAUUGGCCAACCACUUCAAGAAUGAGAAGAGGCGUCUCCAGGUCACCGUGUCGCACCCAGUCCAGUGUAGCCAGCACGGCAAGUCCUGCUCCAUUACUGUGGAAACCAAGAUAAACCAAGCACAGCCUCACUUCAGCAAGAGCCGCUCCGGCUUCACCUUAAGCGUGCCAGCCAACUAAGAAUCAUGCACCUUCACCAUAUAGUGAUACCGAGUAUCUCAGCUCCGUGCCUUACAUAACCAACUAUGUUGGGGGACCGGAUCCCCCAGCAACUCUGUUGCACAAUUUUAUCCAGGGUUCUUUAGCCUAUAGCAGUCUCUUUAAAAAAUUUAAAAAUUAAAAUCUCUAUAAUUACAUCCUAUAUGAUAUUUCUAGUAAUAAUAAAUACGAUAUGUAGGAUGCUAAAUUCUGUGACGCCAAAUCAUUGGUAAUUGUCUUGAUUGUCGGUGUAUAUGUCAUUUAUUGGACCCGGGGAUGAAGAUAACUUUGGACAAGCACUGGUGCCUGGUAUCCAAAGUAAAGUGACUUCUAUUUGAUCGCAUUGAAUCUCAGAAUAUCAUAGCCCAAAUGGACAAGAGGUUACCCCACCACGUGACAGCAUCACCCUCUGUGGCCUUGUUUCAAAGAGUGGUCCUCCCAUUGCAGAGCAAUGCUUUUAUAACAGUAGUACAAAGCGUCCAUCUUUGGAAACUGCGGGUAUAUAUCUUUCAUGUGCGUCCUAUCCAGCUAGGACUGGAUGGACCAAUACCGUAUGACGGUGCCUUUUGUAAGUGGCUUUGCCCAGGUUUUUCUGCUUGUCUAUGUAUUUAGCAUUCAGUUAUUUUUAUACUUUUGAUAGGUACUGGACACACGUUUAUCAAUGCAAAAAUGACAUAAUGCUACCAGGGUGGCAUAUCCCUCCAAUGCCUGUAAAUUAUUUAAUAAUGUAUGAAUCUCCGUGCUAAAUGAUUUAUAUACUGCAAAAAAAAAAAA